CAUGUCACCUUUACGCCCGAACUCCAGUCCAACCAACUAGCGUGCCUCAUGCGCUCAGCUGAUACAAUUUAUUUGUCCACCGGCGCACUUGAUUGAGUCGUGCUGUUUGCAAAAUAUAUUAAACAGUUUAUCUUCCAACACCGACGAUUCAUCUGGAAAUUGGGACAACGAAUCAUGGCCACGCGCAUACGACCGAGCAGUAAGCGAUGUGCAGUGAUCGGAGGCUCUGGGUUCCUAGGAAGACACCUGGUAGAAAAACUGCUGAGUAAGGGCUACUCCGUGUCUGUGUUUGACAUCCGUCAAAGCUACGAACUACCUGGAGCCACCUUCCACCAGGGAGACCUCUGUGACAAACAGGCUCUCCUAGCGGCUCUCCGGGACGUAACCCUGGUGUUUCACUGUGCAUCCCCAGCCCCAGCCAGUGACGACAAGGCCCUCUUUGAAAGAGUCAACAUCCAGGGGACCCAGACUGUUAUACAGGCCUGCACUGAGGCAGGAGUACAGAAAAUGGUGUUGACCAGCAGUGCCAGUGUAGUGUUUGAAGGAACAGACAUCAAGAACGGCAGUGAAGACCUUCCCUACGCCGAGAAGCCCAUUGACUACUACACCGAGACCAAGAUCGAGCAAGAGAAGCUGGUUCUGAAGGCCUGUAAGCCGGAUCAUAGUCUCCUAACGGUGGCCAUCAGACCCCAUGGGAUCUUCGGCCCCCGGGAUCCCCAGCUGGUGCCCAUCCUGGUUGACACUGCACGCAGGGGAAAGAUGAAGUUCAUCAUUGGUGAUGGGACCAAUCUGGUGGAUUUCACUUACGUGGAGAACGUUGUUCAUGGACAUAUCCUGGCUGCUGAGAGCCUGAGGCCUGAGUCUCCAAUCUGUGGCAAGGCGUACCACAUCACGAAUGACGAGCCUGUUCGCUUCUGGGACUUCAUGUCUGAUGUGCUAGUAGGUCUGGGCUAUGCCGCCCCACGCUACCACCUCCCGUACUCCCUAGUCUACGGUCUAGCGCUACUGCUGUGGCUGGUCUCCCUGUUACUGCGCCCCCUUGUGGCCUUCAAACCAACGUUCACCCCUAUGAGGGUGGCCCUGGCUGGUACACACCACUACUAUAGCGUCUCCAGAGCCAAGCAGGACAUGGGCUACAAGCCUGUGGUUAGUCUGAAGGAGGGGAUCAAACGCACAGUGGAGAGCUAUCCUCAUCUGCGACACGGAGCCUGAGAUCUGUACGGGUAAAUGGAAGGGCGCAGUCUAAACUACACUGAAGUUCUGAGCCAAACUGCUAUGUGAUGUUAAAAACCGUGGUCAAACAGUGUAUUAGUAUUGAUUCUAGGCUAGUUAUGAUACCCAAGGGCUGAAUCUCACCUCUGCACUUCUGUUAGAUUUUUCUUGUUUUUGUCUGCUCUUAUGUCUACGGAACAAAUAUUACAGUUGAGAGGUGCGCGUGUGGAUUUCAUCUUGGGGUUAUUUCUCAGCCCACUAUGACAUUUUUAUACUCUUGUUGGCACGGAAGUGUUCUGAAGCCUUGUUCUGUCUGUUAAAACGAAGCAGUUAUUUUGUUAUAGUGGUACAUGUAGGCAUGAGCCUGCUGUAUCUCAUAAUGUCUGUAGGCUUUUGACAUUCUGUAAAUGGGAAAUCUGCACAUGUUCUUGGAUGGGAUGAUUAUGCCAUGUAUACGCCCCAGUUCAAUACCCUCCUUCCCCGGUAGACAGCAGACAGUCCUUCUCUUGAUGGUCACCUUAUCCCAGCACUUGAUUCAUGUGUUGUACUUUCACUAGAUGCCCUGUUUCCAUUCUACAUGUCACAAAGAAUCAUGCAGUUUGUUCAUUUCAAAGAAAAUGUUGUGCCUUGCAAUCCAGUUGAAAUGUUUUAAAGUUGAAUAAAUGAAUGGUAAUAUCGUAAAAUCCU